CCUUUUAUUUUCUCUCAAAUGGCCCACAUUCAAAACCCCUUGCUCAACCCGCUCGGCGCGCCUGCUCCUGCCCCCGUCGCUGCCCCGGCCCCCGUCGCUGCCCCCGCGCCAAAGUCCUUCAUCUCGCGGCUGUUCGGCAAGGCCCUCCCUUACCCCGGCCAGUACGAUCACAUCAACAAGGAGACGCUCGAAAUCUUUGCAACCAACUACUUGAUCGAUGGCGCCAAGUUCUCAGUCAGCAAAGGCAUCUCGUACAACUUUAACAUUUCGCACACGGUCAACCUUGGCAUUGAGAACCCGUCCAAGUACAGCUUCAACGCCACCUAUGUCGGCCCCAACAAGGUCAUUCCCGACUCGCAAGAGCAAUUCCCCGUGCUCUUGGCCGAGAUGGACCACGAUGGCAACCUCAACGGACAGGCCAUCCACCAAUGGACUCCUGCCAUCCGCACCAAGGCUGUUGUUCAGACUUCUGGCCCCAACUUUGGCCUCCAACUGGAGGGCGAUUACAAGGGCGAGGACUUCCACAUCAACACCAAGAUUUUCAACCCCGACGUGCUGAACGGCGCCGGCAUGGUUCUGCUCAACUACAUGCAAAGCGUCACGCCGCGCCUUGCGCUCGGCACCGAGUACAGGUGGCAGUCCGACGGCCGAGCAACGGACUCUGGCCUCGCUUUCGGCGCUCGCUACCGCGGCGGCCCGACCCUUGCCGAUGCGGUUGCCAACCAACAACGCCUCCCCGCCGCAACGGCAGAUACCCCCGCCGAGACCAUGCCGUUCGCCUUCAUGCCUGCUCCAUGGAUCUUUGGCACACACGUCGCCCCGAUGGGCCUCAUCGACUUUAGCUACUUCCAUCGUGUCAACGACAAGGUUUCUGCUGGUGCCGAGCUGGCCAUCGAUCUCCGCUCAAUGGAGACUGUCUUUAGCGCAGGCUACGAAUACAACCUCCGCCGCUCCGUCAUCCGCGGCGAUGUCAACUCGCGCGGUGUUGUUUCCGCUGUUCUCGAGCAAAAGAUGGGCGCCGCCCUUUCCUUCUACCUGACCGCCUCCAUCGAUCAUCUCAAGGGUGCCAACAAGUUUGGCAUUGGCUUUGUUCUUGGUGGCCAUAUGUAAUGGUGAACGUUGUAGUGGUGUACGUGUGUGGAUUAUUUGUUUGUUGUAUUUUCGCUGCGAGUCUACUGUAGAUGGCUUGAAGCCAGCUGCUGUGUCUGCGAGAACAACUAGAACAAGAACAACCCCUGCUCGUGUAUUUGUCGUUACAUUGAUAUGUGUGUGUAUGUUGUACGUGCGAAUCUGCACUCCCAAAAACAAAAAUUCCUUGA